AUGACGGCAAGAUCUCCUAAAAAAGACUCGGAGAUAGGUGUGAAGGAGUUGGGAAAAAGAAUGGGAGAAAUGAUGGAGGAAUUUAGGGCAGUGAGAGAAGAGCUAAGGGAGGGUUUCAAGGAGCAGGGUAGGAAGAUGAGAGAAGAGAUAGAGGACCUGAGAAGGGAGUUUAGGGAGCGAGAGAAGAGAUGGAAAGAGGAGAGGGAAGAGACAAAUAAGCAGAAGGAAAAAAUGGAAGAAAGAAUAAGGAGAUUGGAGGAAAAAAUGGAAGAGAGGAAGGAGGAGAAGAAGGAGGAGGAAAGAAACGGUAGAGGGGAGGUGGGGGAGAAAAUGAGAGAACUGGAGAGAAGGCUGGAAAGGAAAGAAAAGGAGGAGAGAAGAAGAAACAUUGUAAUAAGAGGGCUGGAAGUAAAAGAAGAAAGGAGGAGAGAGAAUGCAGAAAAGUUAUUAGAAGGAAUAGGAGCAAAAGUAAAGGCAAUAGAGGUGAAGAGAAUAGGAGGUGAUGCAGAAAAAGGAAGGGAAAUGGUGCUGUUAAAAUUGGAGAACGAAGAACAGAAAUGGGAGGUUAUGGAAAAAAAGAGGAGCCUAGUGGGGAGAAAGGAAAGAAUUACGGAGGACCUAUCGUGGGAGGAAAGAAGAAUGAAUUGGAGGUUGAGAGAGAUAGCGUGA